AUGUCACCAUGCCAUCAUGCCAUCCGUACUCCGUCCAUUCCACCAUCAGCAGUCACAGCAGGCGGGGGCGAGGACGAGGCGAGCUUAUUGGAGCUAGCAAGGCAGGAGGACCACGCACACCCUGCAUCGGCGCAGCAGUUGACCCGACAGCAGGCGUUCCAGCUGGACGUAGCACAAGCGGAGAGAGCCAGAGGUCACGCUGCUGAUGCUGCUGCUGGCAGUGGCGCCACUGCUGCUGCUACUGGGGAAGGAGGUGCGACCGCUGCUGCUGCUGCUGCUGUGGGUGGGGAGGCAGGGAGAGAAGCAGGGCAGGGUGGGCAGGCGUAUCCCGAUAAGGAGCCGCAGCCAUUCCCCGAGAGGGAUCAUCAGCAGCAGUUUCCCGAGAGGGAGCCUCAGCCAUUCCCUGAGAGGGAGCCUCAGCCAUUCCCUGAGAGGGAGCAUGAGCACUUGCCUGAGAAGAUACCGCAUGGCAGCGGUGUGUUUGGGGAGGAGGGAGUGGUUCUUGAUCGGCCAGGGGCAGAAGAGGAGAAGAGGACUGAGGUGAAGGCGAGUGUGGGGCAAGGGAAGGAGGAUGAGGAUGAGGAUGGGAAGGAUGGUGAUGAGGGUGACGAGGAAAAGGGGGAGAAGGAGGAGAAGGAGGAGGAGGAGGAGGAGAAGGAUGAGAAGGACGCGGGAGGGAAGAGUGAGGGAGGGCAAAAGGGGGAUGAGGAGGAGAGUGAGGAGGGGAGUGGAGAGGGGGAAGCGGGAGGCAAGAAGGAGAAGAAGGCAGGGGAUAAGGGUGAGAGCGAGUAUGAGGAGGACGGGGAGGAUGAUGAAGAGGAUGAUGAGGAGGAAGGGGGUGGGAAGGAAGGGAAGAAGGGACGCAGUGAAGCAGGUACAGGCAGCGGGAAGAAAGCGCAGGAUGAGGAGGGGGAGAAAGAAGACGAGGAGGACGAGGAGGAGAAAGAAGAGGAAAAGGAGGCGAAGGAGGAGGAGGAGGGCUCGCAUAGCAGUGGAGAAGGAGCGGGGGAGGAGGACGAAGGGGCUGGGCCUGCAGAUGACAGUGCUGCUGGUGAUGGCGACGGUGCUGGCAGUGAGGGGGAGAGUGGCAGCAGCGGGGGUGGGGAGGCCACUGUGGAGAGUGCGGGCUCGUCUGAACAGCAGUCGGUCGCUGCCAAGGAAGUGGUGAGCGCUGCCUUUCCUCUUUCUUCUCGCCGGUGUCCUUUGUAUGUCAAACGUGUUCCUGCUGUCCCUCACAUGAGCCAGCAGUCGGUCGCGUCACUGCCAAGGAAGUGCCCGCAAAUCCCGCACUUAUUCAUCUCAUCGCUCCUCCAGAAAGCGGAGGAGGCAGCAGCGGUAGCGGCGGAUCUGGUGGGUGAACCGAUAGACGUGGAGGGGUGUCGGGGACACACGAAAGCGGAGGCGGCAGCAGUGGCAGCGGAUCCAGUGGGAGAGCGCAUAGACGUGGAGGGGUGUCGGGGGCGCAACAUGUUCAUCCACAAGCCGGCUCUCCUUUUCCCCCUCUCCCAUUGCCCCCUUCUCCCCUUCCCCCUCUCUUUCCCUCCUGAUCUGCUCCCCUUCGCAGAAAGCGGAGGCGGCAGCAGUGGCAGCCGAUCCAGUGGGAGAGCCGAUAGACGUGGAGGGGUGUCGGGGGCGCACAGUUGCGCCACUCUGCUGCCCUGGUUCUCCAUCUGCCCGCACUUCCAGAACGAUGGCUUGGGGAACCGAAUCCGCAACAGCAAGCUGCUUCUACCCUCUGGCCGAUGGUUCGAGACGCACAUGUACGCCCUGGAGAUGGUCUUUCACUACAGGCUGCGCAAGGCGUACAAGUGCAUCACGAGCGAUCCAGACAAAGCGGACCUCUUCUUCAUCCCUUUCUACGCCUCCCUGGACGUGACUCGCUGGCACUUCGCCAAGAACGCGUCGUUGGACGACCGUGACCGCAUGCAUGAUGGGCUCGCCAAGUGGCUCAUGAGAAGGGAGCACUUCAAGAAGCGCAACGGAGCGGACCACUUCAUAGUGCUGGGGCAGGGCUCGUGGGACUUCCGGCGGUCAGAGGGGUCGCAGUGGGGCAACCGGCUGCUGCUGCUGCCGGAGAUGAAGCACGUGACCAAGCUGGUGCUGGCCGCCAACCUGUGGGAGGACACCGAGAUCGGCAUCCCCCCUCUCACCUUCUUCCACCCGCGCUGGGAGAAGGACUACAAGACGUGGCAGCGCAUAGCCGAGUCGCACCGGCGCACAUCUCUCGCGGCGUUUGCAUCACUGAGGGACGCGUUCAGCAAGCACAACAAGGCGCUGGGCAGGCAGUGCAAGAAAGCCAAGGCGUGCCGAUACUUAGAGUGCGUGGAGGACAUCUGCACGCGGCCAGAGGUGCUCAUGGAUCUAUUCACCGAUGCUGCCUUCUGCAUCGUACCGUCGGGCCACACGGGUGCCCGCAGAGCCGCCUUUGACGCCAUCGUUGCUGGCUGCAUCCCCGUCUUCCUCGACUCCUUCGUGCCCUCCCAGUACAAGUGGCACCUGCCCGCCAACAGCAGCACCUACUCGGUGGCGCUGAGUGAGAAAGCAGUGCUGGCAGGCAAGGUUGACGUCAUCAAGGAGCUCGAGAAGAUUCCAGGAAAGGAGGUGCGGCGCAUGCGAUUGAAGAUCAUAAGGGAGGUGUUACCGGCAGUGGUCUACAACCAUCCGCGCAUGUACCCUAUGGAACAAAAGCGAGACGCCUUUGAUAUUGCCAUGGAGGAGGUAGUGAGGCGAGUGCAGCGCAACAAGCAGGCAGCUGCUGCGGCUUGA